CAAUAUUACCUAGCGAUGGCCAAGCUCGUCGCCCUCCUCGUGGCCCUCGUGGCCGCCGCCGGCAGCUCCUCCUGCGCCGCGUGGGAGCUCAGCAUCCGGAUGCCCACGGCGCGCGCGGUGGAGGAAGCCGCGGCGCGCCUGGACGAUGAGAUCAGGGACGCGGCGGCGCCGCUGAUCCACGCGCUGCGCCCGCUGGUGGGCUCCGCCGGGGAGCUCGGCCGGCGCGCCGGCGUGCCGUGCGACAGCUGGCGCCUGGCCGUGGAGGCGUACAACAAGCGCGACUGGAAGACGGUGCCGGCCAGCUGCGAGGGCUACGUCGGCCACUACAUGCUCGGCGGGCACUACCGCCGGGACUCCCGCGUCGUCGUCGACGAGGCCGUCGCCUACGCCAAGGGGCUCGAGCUCGCCGGCAACGGCAGGGAGGUGUGGGUGUUCGACAUCGACGAGACCUCGCUCUCCAACCUCCCCUACUACGCCGAGCACGGCUUCGGCACCGAGCCGUUCAACGCGACGAGCUUCAACGCGUACGUGAUGGAGGGCAGCGCGGUGGCGCUGCCGGAGACGCGGCGGCUGUUCGGGAAGCUCGUCUCCCUCGGCGUCAAGCCGGUGUUCCUGACGGGCCGGAGCGAGGACCAGCGGGCCAUCACGUCCGCGAACCUCCGCCGCCAGGGCUACUCCGGCUGGGAGAAGCUCCUGCUCAAGCCCAUCGGGUUCAAGGGCACCGCCAUUGGCUUCAAGUCCGGCGAGCGCAGGAAGCUCCAGGACGCCGGGUACGUCAUCGUCGGCAACAUCGGGGACCAGUGGAGCGACAUCCUCGGCGCGCCGGAGGGGGCGCGCACCUUCAAGCUGCCCGACCCCAUGUACUACAUCGGCUGAUCAAGCUAGGACGCGCUCGCUGCCACCUGUCGAUGAUCAUCGGACGGCUCUCCGUCAACCCCAGCGGUCUGUCCGACCGUCCGGUACUUCGGUUGUGUGCUGCGCUUGUUUGUGAUGAUGAAGUGCUUUGGUUUUUUUUAAUUAUCACGCCGCCCUUCAUCAGUGGUUAAUUGUUGCUUAGCUCCAUGUUACCGCUUAACCGCCGUUGCUUUUUCUGAGCUGAAGCUCCAAAUAAAACUCAUAGAUCCAUGAGCAUUGCUUGUCU